AUGCCCUUCUCCCCGGGUGCAAAGUUGCCAGAGCUGCCCUUUGCAGAUCAGCACUUCCUGUCCGAUCCGAAGUCUGCUCUGGACUUCCUGACCGAAGCACGCGCCGAGUUUGAGGCCGCAGCGCUGUUGGGCACUACUGGUUCCACUGGUUCGGCUCCUGUAGGCAGCAACUCCCUGCCCCUUUCUGUGUCCCAACUCCUUGGUGCUCUCGUUGGCAUCACCGGCCUGGGGGACGCUAACAAGUUUGGGGGCCCUCCGACAGCCGGUCUCUUACCGCCUUCAGUGCUGGCUGCAUCAGAUCCCCUCCUGAAUGCAGUGCUCAAACUGGUAAAUCCACUACCACCACCUCCUCCGUCGUCUGCCGAGGUUUUCUCCACUACUCCCACC